AUGACCCAGCGAUGUAGUGAUCAUGAUAUUCCAAACUUGCAUCUAGUAACUAUCCAACCGCUUGUACACUUCUACUUCCCGGAGGCAAGGCGGCUUUCUUUCUACCAGCGAUUCCAGGCAUUUCCCCCGGAAAUAAUUACUAUUUCACACAAAAACACGACGAUAUCCCUAUGGCCAAAUGUGAAGAUUGGGCUCAUUCUCGCGGAUCCCGCAGCCAUCAAGCCUCUCGAAGAUUACGAGCCGCUCAAAAUAUUCGGCCCAAGUAUCCUCACUUCGGAAGGAGAACAAUGGAAGAGGUACCGAAAAAUAGUUGCACCUGCUUUCUCCGACCGAAACUACAAGAUGGUGUGGGACGAAACUGUUAGAAUCGUAAACGGCUGUUUCGACACCUGGGGAGAUCGAAAGGUCGUCGUCGUCGACCAUUGCCUUGCGGACGUUACGUUGCCAAUCUCCCUUGGCAUCAUCAGCGCUGCGGGUUUCGGUAAAAGACUUGAAUGGGAUGAUGACUUAGCCCCAAUUCCUGAGGGACAUAAGAUAUCAUUCAAAGAAUCCAUCGACAUCGUCAGUUCGAAAUUUGUCAACAGAGCCGCGUUUGCGGAUUGGUGUCUCAACCUCACAGAGGAUGGGCGCAAAAUCAAGCUCGCGUACGAUGAAUUGGCUGCUUACAUGUCUGAGAUGGUCAAAGAACGUCUUUCCAUGGGCAAGAGAGAGCAUAGCGACCUGUUUAGCAAUCUUCUUGCCUCGAGUUUCAGCCACGAGUUUGGAGCUACGGCAUUGACUGAAGCUGAGAUAAUUGGAAAUAUCUUUGUAUUCUUACUUGCUGGUCAUGAGACUACAGCCCACACUUUGUGUUUCACUUUUGCACUUCUCGCGCUCUACCCAGACGAGCAGGAAGUACUUUUUCAACACAUCAAAUCCGUAUUAAGCGACGGCCGGACGCCGGAACAUAAGGAUAUACCGCUUCUAACACAGUCAAUGGCCGUAUUAUUUGAAACAUUGCGUUUAUACCCAGUUGCUACUUUUAUCCUGAAAGAAAGCGCAGAGGAUACCACGUUGAACGCGAGUAACAUCCGCGGUGAAAAGGCCACCAUCCAUGUUCCCAAAGGAACACUACUUCAAAUAAGCCCUGCGGGAGUCCAUUAUAAUCCGCGGUACUGGGAAGACCCCCAUGCGUUCAAACCGUCACGCUUCCUAAAUCCCGAUUGGCCACGCGAUGCAUUCAUUCCGUUUAGCGCCGGUCCUCGCGCGUGCAUCGGACGGAAAUUCUUUGAAACGGAGGGCAUAGCCAUUCUCACAAUGAUUGUAGCAAAAUACAAGAUCACCGUGAAAGAGGAACCCCAAUUUGCUGGCGAGACAUUUGAGCAAAGGAAGGAGAGAAUAAUGAAAGCGUACGCAGCUAUAACGUUGACGCCAAUCCGUGUCCCUCUCGUCUUCAGUCGGAGACAUUGA